AUGUUAAUUUGCCAAAUUAGCAAAAGGAUAUCUCGUACAAUGAUUUCUCAGCUCAAUAAUCUGGUAUACUAUCCUCCUUGUUUUGAGGCAGCAUUACCUCUGCGUUGUCCUCCAUCCUUUAGGUCCACAACAGUGAGAAUACAGUGUUUCCGACACCCGGGUUCGCCUUCAACUAAUCCUAAAGUUUCAAUACCUGAAUCUCAAAAAACUGUGUCUGUUGUUCCUGUCUGUAAGAUUUCGAGAGUUGCGAGAAAUGAUGCUCAGGCGGCUUUGUUUGACUACUUGCAUUAUACCAGGGGCUUCACUUAUGUUGAUGCUGAGCAUAUUUGUAAGAAUUCGCCCAAUUUUAUUCAGGAUUUGGUUGCCAAGGUGGAGAAUGAGCCGGAUGUAUCCAGGGCAUUAUCCAAGUUAUUCAGAUACCAUCCUAUAAAUGAGUUUGAGCCAUUCUUGGAGAGUUUGGGAUUGAAACCAUCUGAGGUCUCAUCAUUGCUGCCAUCCAACUUAAUGUUUUUGGAGGAUGGUGAUAUGCUUCUUCACAAUUUUCAUGUUCUUUGCGAUUAUGGGAUUCCCCGUAGUGAAAUUGGGAAAAUAUACAAGGAAGCUAUCGAAAUAUUUAGUUAUGGGUUUGGGGUAUUAAGUACCAAAGUAAUGGCUUAUGAGAAUUUAGGACUGAGUAGACCAACGGUUAUAAAGCUGGUGACUUGCUGUCCUUCUAUUUUGGUUGGUGAUUUAGAUAAAGAACUGGUUGAGAUUCUUGAUAAGCUUAUAGGAUUGGGUUUUGACAGGGACUGGAUCGGAGGAUAUAUGUCUAGUAAAAAUACGUAUUGUUGGAGCAGGAUGCUUGCCACCAUAGGUUUUCUCGUUGAAGUUGGCUAUGAUGAGGGACAGAUUGAGAAAUUGAUUAGGAAGAAUCCAGCAAUACUUUUUGAAGGUUCAGGCAGGCAAAUGUACAUAUUGAUAGGUUGUUUCCUCAAAUUGGGGUUGAAGAUGAAGGAGGUAUAUCCAUUAUUUGUGGAAAAUCCAGAGAUUCUAUCUCCAAAAUGCACUGAAAAUAUUUGGAAAGCAUUGCAUUUACUGUUUGAAGUUGGACUGGAAACAGAGAAUAUUGCAAAAAUUGUGAGUUCCCACAUUCAGAUUUUAGCAUCACAUGCUUUGAUAGGACCGAACACGGUAUUGAAAAAGUUUGGUGGUGACAGGCAGAAACUACUAAAAGCUGUAAAAGGAGACCCCUCGAAGUUUUUCACCUUGGCGUCUAAAUCUAACGUAAGCAGCGUCGAGCAGUUGAAUGCAAAGAACCCAGGCCUGCUUUUGGAGAAAACUACAUUUCUAGUGAAAUUAGGUUACGUUGAGAACUCAGAUGAGAUGGCAAAAGCAUUGAAGAAGUUUCGCGGCAGAGGAGAUCAGUUGCAAGAAAGAUUUGAUUGCUUGGUAGAAGCUGGAUUGGAUUCCAAUGUUGUAUCAGAUAUGAUCAAACAGGCCCCAACAGCUAUAAACCAGUCAAAGGAUGUACUCGAGAAGAAAAUUGAUUUCUUGAAAAGCUCAGGCUACCCUCUUGAAUCACUUGCAUCAUUUCCCUCGUACCUUUGCUAUGAUAUAGAAAGAAUUCAACGUAGAUUUAGUAUGUAUACAUGGCUGCUAGAAAAAGGUGCAGCCAAACCAAUGUUAUCUCUUAGCACACUUCUUGCUUGUUCAGACGCACGCUUUAUGAAGUAUUAUGUCGAUGUGCAUCCUGAAGGUCCAGUGAAGUGGGAAAGUUUAAAAGGUCAAUAA